UCCCAGCCCGGCGCAACUUCUAAAUCCAAGAUGGAGGAUCGAGAAGCUAUUGCGGAAGUGCUACCUCACGAAAUCAAAACUGCUUUAUUCCAGAACGUUAUAAAACAUUAUCCCAACACAUGACACAAGAMGUGUUUUCUCUACAUUUAGAGAAAAUUCRGAUAGAUGGGAAAAAGAAAGUGGAAAAAGAAUGGGUAGAAAUGGCCAACCCUGAYUUCGCUGAAUUUCACCUCAAAUUGAAAGCAAUGACAUCUGAUCAAUGGCAGACUGUGUUUGAGCGAGAGUUGACCAAGCAGUUUCCCGAGGAGGGUCCCYUGUGGCGAUUUGUAAUGCUAAAGGAGCAGUUUGAUCCUGAGGWUGAAAUGUAUUAUCAGGCRUUUGUCCUCUCUACGCACUACCUCGUGUGUGACUCCUAUUCAGGGUUCUCCUUCUUUAAAGAUUUCCUUGAAAGUAUCAGUCAGCAGCUCGAAGGUUUGACAUUGGACGAUAAAGUUUUAUACCCAGUACAGCCAUCUCUUCCAGAAUUACUGAAAAGACAUAUAGAAAUGUCUCAACCAGCCAUUUUGUACACAAUUGGCAAACGUUUUGUUGAGAAAAUAGUC